AUGGCGAGAAGGCCGUCGCCGCACAACAGCGGAAGCUCGUCGCCGGCGUCGUUCUACACGGCCAACGAUUCCGACGACGGCGGCGGGGGGGAGGAGGAGGAGGAGCACGACUCGACGACGGCGAGCAGCCCUGCGCAGGCGGCGCCGUGUCCAUACCGCGAGGCACGUCGCCUGCCGCGCGAGCUCAAGGGCCAUUGCCAGAUUUUCCUCGAGGAACAGCUUUACACAUGCGCCAUCAACCUUCUCAACAGCUCACUAGGCAGCGGCGCGUCGAGGCGAGACGCGUCGCAGCAGCAGUCGCGCAAGGCCGUGCCCGUCCCGCCCCCGAGCCACGUCGCGCUCCUCAACACGCUCCUCAUUCAUCCGAUGAACACGACGCGCGCCGAGAAGCCCGACCACCUCGACAUGCCCGCCCUCGCCCUCGACUACCUGCGCAACCUGCUCGCCGUCGUGGGACCCGUCAACGCGGGCUUCCGCACCGCAUUCCAGUUCCGGCCCCAGCCGCGAUGGGGCCGUCGGCCCGGCUACGCCGGCGACAACGCGAGCGACAGCGACAUGUCUGACGGCGAGGGCCGGGACCACGACCGUCUGCGCGGGCGCAUGGCCAACGAGGGGAGCGUCUGGUGCCGUGGCCAGGACUUUUGGUCCACUGUCGGCUGGGCGUUUAACACGGCGACGGUGCAUCCCCAUCGGUGGCGCUACUGGAGGGUCUGGCUCGAAUACAUGAUUGAUGUCCUCGAGGCGGACUGGACCGAGAGGGAGCGGCUCGACAGAGAGGCGCACUAUGACAAGAGUGAGCCUGACGACGACGACGAAGAGCCUCUUACAUCGCGACGGCAAUCCAUCAUCGCCAUGUACAUGGACCAGCAGGAAGGCAGGCAAGUGGGUUUCAAGCGGAUAGUCAAGGCCCUCCUAGCCGACGGCGGGAGCUUGUCGACAUCGUCAUUUUCCGAGGUGUUUGAAAAGGAGCACAGGGGGGCCAAGAAGACGUCGAGAAAACGAAAACGAGAGCAGGUCCUGGACCUGGAGAACGACAAGUUUGGCGACUACUUUGACGACGACUCCAUCUCCUCGGGCGUCUCAGAGCCGCCGACUCCGCAGAAGCCGCGGGAUGCCAGAAAGGAGGUGUCCUUUGGCUGCUCGCACCCCGGUCUUGCCGACUCCGUCGUCCUGCGGCUGCGUCUCUUCAAGAUGCUCUCGGCGGCGACUUACACGCUCCGCAAGGCCCAUGAGCUUAACCAGCUGUACACGGAAUUCGCGGCCGCGAUCCAGGUGCUCCCGCUGCAAAUGUUCGCCCUCUUCGUGACGCAGCGCGCCAACCCCUUGCUGGACGUCACGCACGUCACGCUGGCCAAGGAGCUUUUCCACAUGCUGCUCCCCUCGAGCUACAGGAACCCGCGCAGGGUGGACGCCGAGGCGGACGCGGCGGGCGCACUCACGACGCCCAUGCUGGAGCAGUGCUACAUCGGCCUGCCCGCCAACACGGUCGGCCUCGAGGACAACGCCAAGCUGUCGCUGCUGGUGGAGAACGCCAUCCAGCUGCUCUGGAGCUGCGACAGCCUCGAGUACACGCCGGGCCUCGCCGCGGCCGCCGAGAAGGGCAUCAAGGCGAGGGAGGCCAAGGCGAAGAAGAAGCGCACCGGCAGGAUGAAGACGGACACGGACGACACGCUCGCGCAGGAUAUCCUGACGAGUUCCGGGGAGCGGAUCCGCGUGUUGCUGCAAGUGUUGGAAGCGUCGGCUACGGCUUGA